GCAGCCUUGGAGAAGCAUCAGCUGAGAGGAGCUAUCACAUAGGAGCUGGGAGCUGCUCAGCAAAGAUGCCUUCAUGAGGAAACUGGAGCCCAGAAGAGUUGCACAGUUAGUAACACCUGGAACCAGAAGCUGAAUCUUAGGCUCCUUCUGCUCCCCAUUCUGAUGAAAAAUCAGAAAAUCCACACAAGCAACCCUAAAGCCGGAUCGCUGUCCUAGAGCAAAGCAGGACAUUGGAGGAGGCUGACAGAACUUUAGGAUUGCCCUCAAAAGGGAAGAGAAACAUGGAGAAGUAGAAAAGAAAGCGGCAAAAGAGGUACCAGCGGUCACCCAGAAGGCGGCUUAGGAGUAUGUGAGGAUCCCUCCCAUCACCAGGGCUGACCCUGGGGCUACCUCUGGACAGAAACUGGACAUGAGUUCCUGAGUUCAGAGCUGCCUGUCCUGGUGCUCUGUCCACACAGGGGCCCAGCUUGGAAGGCUGGGGACAAGAGCCUGCCUUACAGGCUCCAGCAGAAGGCCCCCAGCGAGAUUGGGAAGCCUGAGCCUGGGCUUACAUCCCAGGGUCGUGGAGUAGGAUGGGGGAUGGGCCUGUAGUAGGAAGUGCCCUGGGUGUCCUCUUUCGGCCCCAUGGAGUCCUCACCCAUCCCCCAGUCAUCAGGAAAUUCGUCCACUUUGGGAAGGGCCCUUCAAACCCCAGGUCCCUCUACUGCCAGCGGGGUCCCAGAGUUGGGACUACGGGACGUGGCUUCAGAAUCUGUGGCUCUCUUCUUCAUGCUGCUGCUGGACCUCACUGCUGUGGCCGGCAAUGCCGCUGUGAUGGCUGUUAUUGCCAAAACGCCUGCCCUCCGAAAAUUCGUUUUCGUCUUCCAUCUCUGUCUGGUGGACCUGCUGGCUGCCCUGACCCUCAUGCCCCUGGCCAUGCUCUCCAGCUCUGCCCUCUUUGACCAUGCCCUUUUUGGGGAGGUGGCCUGCCGCCUCUACCUGUUCCUGAGCGUUUGCUUUGUCAGCCUGGCCAUCCUUUCGGUGUCUGCCAUUAACGUGGAGCGCUACUAUUAUGUGGUCCACCCUAUGCGCUACGAGGUGCGCAUGACAUUGGGGCUGGUGGCCUCCGUGCUGGUGGGCGUGUGGGUAAAGGCCCUGGCCAUGGCUUCUGUGCCAGUGUUGGGAAAGGUCUACUGGGAGGAAGGAGCUCCCAGCGCUAACCCAGGCUGUUCUCUCCAAUGGAGCCAUAGUGCCUACUGCCAGCUUUUUGUGGUAGUCUUUGCUGUCCUUUACUUCUUGCUGCCCUUGAUCCUGAUCUUUGUGGUCUACUGCAGCAUGUUCCGAGUGGCUCGCGUGGCUGCCAUGCAACACGGGCCGCUGCCCACGUGGAUGGAGACGCCCCGGCAACGCUCCGAGUCUCUCAGUAGCCGCUCCACUAUGGUCACCAGCUCUGGGGCUCAGCAGACCACCCCACACCGGACGUUUGGGGGUGGGAAGGCAGCAGUGGUUCUCUUGGCUGUAGGGGGACAGUUCCUGCUCUGUUGGUUACCCUACUUCUCUUUCCAUCUCUACGUUGCCCUGAGCGCUCAGCCCAUUUCAACAGGACAGGUGGAGAAUGUGGUGACCUGGAUUGGCUACUUUUGCUUCACUUCCAACCCUUUUUUCUAUGGAUGUCUCAACCGUCAGAUCCGGGGAGAGCUUAGCAAACAGUUUGUGUGCUUCUUCAAGGCAGCUCCAGAGGAGGAGCUGAGGCUGCCUAGUCGGGAGGGCUCCAUUGAGGAGAAUUUCCUGCAGUUCCUUCAGGGGACCUCUGAGAACUGGGUUUCCCGGCCCCUGCCCAGCCCUAAGCAGGAGCCACCACCUGCUGUUGACUUUCGAAUCCCAGGCCAGAUUGCUGAGGAGACCUCGGAGUUCCUGGAGCAGCAGCUCACCAGCGACAUCAUGUCGGACAGCUACCUCCGUCCUGCCCCCUCACCAAGGCUGGAGUCAUGAUGGACCCUUGGAGAGAAAUAAGGCUUGGGGCUGGUUUACGAUCUCAUGGACUGCUUUUCCAGUUGGCUGGGGUUUGGGCUGGGGUCUCUGGACUUAGCUUUUGCUUGGUGUUUCCUGGGUCAGGACCAGAGCCAUCAGGAUGGACAAUGUGGCAAAAGCCUUGGACUUGGAUGUGAUCUUUGACUAUUGGGGGAGGGAACCUGGGUAUGGUGAGACGGUGAUGAGAGAAAAGGGUCACAAAGGUGAGGUAAAGCCUUUCUACCAGUGAACUUUUCAUGCCUCAGGAAACAGGGAAACUUCCUAAGGGUAGGCGCUGGAGCAGCAGGCUAGGAGAAGUUACUGUAGGGACCACUGAGGUUUACUUCUUUCCAGUAUAAUAGAGUAAUACUUACACUGAACCAAGGUAAGACAAUGGCCUACAUCUUCUCAGUUGCUUACGAGGUUUAAAAAGAACAAAACUACCCAAGUGUUUCCAUGAGUUAAUAGAUCCCUUUUUAAAAGUUAAUCUGUAAGAUUUCUCUUAAACCGAAGAGAAAAGAGAAGAUGUGUGGGGUGAAGUCUUUCCUGAAUUUGGCCAGCAGCAAGGAAAACUGCAGUUAGGGUAGUGGAGUAGGAGACAGAAAAAAAUGUUCUGCAGCUCUCUCCUAUUCUUCUCUUUCCUGCAUGCAGGAGAUCAAGUGUGGGUCCUGAUCACAGCAGAGACAAGUGUGAGAAAGGAUGCCUCUUUCCUCCCUGUCUUUUGAGUAACUAGAGUGACUGGGGGGUCAGAGAGAUGAGGGUGGGUGUUAGUCUUUGAAUUGAUAAAGUGGCUGGAUACAGAAAGGUCAGGUAAAUUACUCUGAUCAAUAAUACUGCCAAUCUUUUCUUUCCAGGACUGGCCUCCUUGAUCUCUCUCCUCAUGGCAGUGACCCACUUCCAGCCCCCUGGACAAUCGGGUACAAGAGACUAAGGUCGGGCACGGGAAGGGUGGGGUUUCCAUAGUCCAUGAAAUGCCUCCCUGCUCUCAUUCAUUGCUCUCAAAAUUAGCUUCUGUGAUAAAGACUUAACUGUCUCCUACCUGCAGCCCUAGGUUGGAGAGAGGGCAGAGAGUUGGGCUUUGCUGUUUAUUGAUUAAGACUACAGGAACCAUGUUGGUUAGUAUCAGUGAUGGUAUUUUCAAUGGAGAGGGAUUGACUGCAAGCUGGAUAGGCUACCUAUCUGGGUCCUGUCCAUUCCACUUCUCUCAGUCGAAUACUAAAGGGUCAAGGUUGAUCCAGAGGGUGAUGUGUCUACAUCUGAACAAAUUUCUUGUUAAUUGGACAUCAAAGGGGGAAAGAGGGUUGGGGUGGAGUGGUUUCCCCUUUGAACAACUAAUAAAUUUUAUGAUAAAAAGUUAUAUUAAUAUCAA